AAGUUUGAAGAUUUACCAAGAAGGAAAUAGUUCUACUGUACUAGGAAAGAUGGCGGUGCCCCAUGUCGUGGGACGUUAUUGUCGUUUGGCAGGACAAGCUGUGAGCGCACUCUCCUGCAGACAAACGUGUACCAAACUACUUUCAGCGAAAAGAUGCUACAUAACCCAAACGGCGGGUAAUAACCUGCAGUUUAAGCUGGAUGACAGAACAGCCCACAGCAGUCUGGACCUCUUUAAGAAGGACACUGGUGUCAUCUACCGCAUCCUGGGCCUUGAUCCCAGCAAAGUCCAACAAAACCCUGAGCGUUUCCGUGACUGGGCCGUGGUGUUCGGAGACAGGCCAAUCACCGGUGGCCGCCACUACUGGGAGGUGACGGUGAAGAAGUCGUCCGAGUUCCGUUUAGGUGUGGCUGAGGUGGCUAUGUCACGGGACGACUGCGUCGGCACCAACAGCUCAUCCUGGGUGUUCGGCUACGUCCAGGGCAAGUGGUUCGCCAUGACCACUAACCAGAGGGUGCCGGUCCCGCUGGUGGGGAAGCCUGAUCGUGUAGGAAUCCGGUUAGACUAUGAAGAUGGCCUUAUAGGCCUGGUGGACAUCUCAAAGGCCAAGGUGAUCCACAGUAUGAAGGCCAAGUUCAGGGGGCCUCUCUGCCCAGCAUUUGGUUUGUGGGACGGAGAGCUGCUUACACACUCCGGUCUAGAAGAGCCGGACGGCUUGAAGUGAAGCAAAUAUCUGGACGCUAUGAGAAUGGCGAUGGCCACGUGAGAUGGGACCACAUGCAUUAGCUCUGCCAACUGAACAGCUCCAGUAAAGCCAGAACACACCUUUCAAAUCCACCACGAAGAGCAGUAUUCUCCAUCAGAAUUAAGAGUGGAUGUUUUCUUUGGUGGUUUUCAAUUAGGCAAGCAGGAAGUUGGUCCAAUGUGUCAUUUUGCUGCCGUUUAUACUCAGACGAAGUCCUCACAAUAAGCUGUGUUUUGUAACCUUUUGUUAUCAUUUUUAAUUGUGGCAAAAAUAAGUAGACGUGUUUUGUAUGUGGCUAGAUGCCAUUUAUGUUUACUAUUGCAUGUAUGUGACAUUAUCUUAAACUUGAAUUAAACCAAAACAUGCCUCUUUUUAA